AUGCCAUCCCGCAAAACGAAGAAAAAGCAGACGCGACUUGCUUUUGCUGCUUCAACCGCUACACCUUCAGCGGAUGUGAGUCCGGAGCAAAGUAGCAGAUAUGCAACCCUCACCUACAAUAACCCAAGCUUGGGCACAUACCGUCCUCCAAAGUCUUCCAAAAGCAAGCCGGAGACAUCACCCGAGAAGAAACGGCCGAAGCUCCCCACCAAGACGAAGGCCAAUGAUAAACCCGCGAAAGAACUCUCUAUAAAAGAUCAAUCGGACAAUGAAUUCUUAGACGAACCCAUCAUCUCCGCCUCCCAAAAGAGAAAGCAAGCCGCGCCACCUGACGUGAUGAUCUCCAGCCCACCAAAGCUCAAUGACCCCAAAGAUGCGAAGAAACCCCGCGCGCAGAAACCACAGCGAUCCUUACAAUUCUCGAAGAAACAGACUGAGAACACAAAUGAUUCUGAUUCGGAGGAGCUUUCCAGGCCCCGCCGCACACUCAAGCGAAAGGCCGCAAGCCCACCGAUUGACCCCAGCGACUCAGAUGAGCCAGUGGCUUCUUCAGUCGCCAAACGGCGCAGGUCUACCCGAGGUGGCCAUUCUUCAAGCUCCCCUCUUAUACUCAGCGGCGAUGAUUCAAACGAGUCAGUAGCUCCUUCGACCGUCAAGAGGCGCAGGCUAGCAAGGCCAGCCGUGGUGCCCAAAAGUGACGAUGAUGACUCGGACGUACCAUUAGCCUCCUCGCCAGUGAAGAGGCUCCGACGCGGGCAGGAAAAAGAAGCUCCCCAAGCUCCUCACACCCCCCGCCACAUCUCGAAACAGGCCAGACUUGAUAUCGCAGAGGAUUUGGAGGAUCUCCAGGAUUCAGUUGUUAAGAAAAGUCGAACUCGCGGCCGGAAUGUCGAAUCUGCCCGAGACAAGAGAAUGAAGCAUCUUGAAGCCCUCCGUCGCAGACGGGCUGGUGUGAAAGAUGAGGAGCAGGACGACGAGGAAGAAGAAGAGGAAGAAGAUGAAGAUGAAGACGAAGACGAAGACGACUCUGAUGUGCAGGAGAUUGGACGACCCGGCAGCGAUGCCAGUCCCUCUGGCUGUGGUCUCUGGCAGCAUCACAACAACGAUUACAGCGACAUUGAAUCAGCCAUCGACCCCAACGAGAACCUUGAUCGAUACGAAGAUGACUUUGUCCUCGAAGACGAGGUGGACGAUCUCGGCGUUCCCACUGAGGAGAUUCCCUUCGAGUUCACUCGACAUGCAUAUAAACAGCCAAAGGAAUACUUCCGCGACGUCAUCGGCUGGAUGGUGCAAAACAAACUAAACCCGGCCUUCCCUCGCUCUGACGACAUGUACAAAAUGGCAUUCAUGAAGCUGGAAGACGAAGUCAAGGGUCGGGCUGGUUCGCAGCUAAUCUCCUCCGUUUGGAACCCCAGUUUCGUCUAUGCCCUCCAAGCCCGACCACACAUUGAAAUCGCUGCCUUCCCUACGGAGGAGAACCAUCCCUGCGAUGCUUGCAGGCGCUCUGGACAUCCUGCUUCUAGUGAUAUCAAGCUUUACGGGAAGGCGUAUUCCCUGCAGACGCUAGAGCCAUUAGAAGAUGAGAAUGACGACAGCGACGACAAUGAUGAGGAUUCCAAUAAUGACGACGAUGGAAAAGAGCGGGACCGGGAUGGCCAUGUCAUUACUCCGGAGAAUGUCCGCUACUUCCUAGGAAAACAAUGCAAGGCGAGAGCCCAGCUUGCCCACACCCUUACCCACUGGCGCUACCAUCUCAAUGAGUGGGUUAUCGACUUCCUGGAUCGUACGGGCCAUAUGGAUGACGAUGAAAUCCUCCGACGAAAUGAUAUGAGCAUCAAGCGGAAGACGCGAAAUGCAAAUGAAGUCCUCGGCAGCAUGACCGAGACCGGUGAAGUCGAUAAGCUUUGGCGUGACUUCCAUAUCAAUCUCAAGUCUGCUCGCGAGAAAGAGUCUAUCUACGGAUGA